UUCCCCAAACCACCGUUUCACAGCAAAACCCUCCUUCUCCACUUUUUCUGCCCGGCGUCGGCUUCUCCGGCGUCGGCCAUCGUUGUUUUCUUUAUACAGUUGCUUUAACAUCUCCUAAUUACCGCACAGUUUUAAAAUUUCAGUAACUAAAACUGGCAAAUCAAUAUUAUCAAACCCACGCAACUUGCCUCUUCACGACAAUGGUGUUUCAUGGACUGAGUCCGUCAUUUCCAAAUCAGACUAUGGUCACUCCAUCAGAUCGAUCCUUGAUUUGGAUUAUCUAUCAAAUCGUUGAGAUUUCACUAAUCAAUAUGAGGGAUUCAUCUCAUCUCCAUUGUCGCUCCUUUCACAUAGUGUCGAUUCGAAGGAAUUGUGAUGUCUUUCUUUGUAGAAAGUUUUUUUCCGGUGUGCUCGAUCACUGCCGGUGGAAUUUCCGGGUUUCAACCGGUGAAUGUUCUCUUACCCAAAGGUAUGGAGUUUUGACAUGGGUUUUUGAUCCUGGAAUCAAAGGAGGAAUCAGUCUGCUUGAUGAAAUCAGAAUCCAAAAUAGAUGUGGGUAUGUCCCUCACACUGAGUUGGGAUUAAUUAUCCUUAUAUGUGUAAGAUUUGGGGAUGUGUACUCUUGUGAUAGAUGUGUUAAUGUUUUUCUUGUGACGUUAACAUUGUCUUAUGAUGGUGAUGUUUUCCCGUUACCUUGGCUGGAAUAUUUUAUUUUGUUGAUUGAUUACAUGGGAUGUGGAGUGUAUCGUUCUAAAAUGAAGGCGAUGAUUUUCUAUGAUGAUGAUGGUGAUAACUUUCCCCGGUUGAAAGCCUUUCUUUUACUAGAACUGGUUCGUUGGUUUAUUCAAUUGCUAUGUCCUUCGUAUUAUCCAAAACAAGACACGAGCGUGAUGGGAAGGAAAAUGGUGGUGAGUGACUAUGAUGAUGAUGAUUUCUCUUUCCCUUGGUCGGGAAUUUCUACUUCUUUGAGAAGAAAAAUCAUGGUCAAUAAUCAGCAACGAUGCGUUAGGCAUUUCAAACAUAUCGUUUUUUGA